AUGGACAGGAUUGUCACCACCGGGGUGGAGGAGGGGGCGAGUGGCCGCGUCGACGUCUGGGCGCCGCUCUGGCUGCUGCAGGUCUGGCUGUGGGAGCGCUACGACCGCCUGCAGCCGCCGGAGCUGAAGGCGCCGGAGUUCCCUCUCUCCAAUGCCCGGGCGCUCUAUUGGUCCCGGAGGAGGAGGAAGACCACAGAGGAGGAGGCUUUGCGUGUUCUGCAGCAAGAGGAUUGUUUCGAGUGGAGGCCUUACCUGCGCAAUUCGCUCGACUGGACUGAACCUGAGUGGUUCAGCAAGGAAACUCUCCUGGUGAGCUCCAGAGGUAAGGAUCAGCCAGAGUGGUUGGAGGAUUACAUUGCAAUUAUCAGGCAAGCCGUGUUGACUGGAUCGUAUGGCGAUGAUUUGGAUAGUUCGGCAAUGUACAAUCCCCACAUUGUCGCGAGGCAGCUCGGUUAUGAUCAGGAUGUGCCUUUUCCUCUUGUACAUGGGUUUGAUUCCAAGGGGAUCAAGGUGUGGAUACCUGGCAUCUGCAGACGCGGCGUUGCCAGCAAGGAAUAUGUUGCGUGGUUGAAUGGCGAGUUUGUGACGCACCAGGAAGCUGACCGGUGUGUUAGGCCAGUCGACGAAAACGGCGCUGGCUCAUCUCCAAUGAAUGCAGAUACAGCAGCUGGUAAAUCUGGAGAAAGUACAAUGCAAGAUAACAGAAAACGCAUCGGAGAAGGGCAGCAGCUAGCUCAGGGGAACAAAACAGAGGUGAUUGUCCUAGACCGUAGUAGUCCAUGUGAUAUGGACUCCAGUGCAACCGCGUUGGAAAGAAAGAAUGGGAACAGAAAAAGGCGAGAUGAACUCUCUGAAAAUGGUGAUACGCACAAGAAAAGUAAGGUACUUGCCAGCGAGUGCCAUGAAUGUCUCCAGCAAUAUGAUGACGGGCCUUCCCUUGCCAGUUAUCCUGAGAAGAAUUCCUUGCAAUUUGACGGCCAGAAGUACCAUGGUCUCCAAAAGGAUCCUAAUUGUUACAUUAAUAGAUGUGAUGAGCUGCCACAGCCUGAGAGUGACGAUGAAUGCAUUGUUCUUGAACCAACAUGUGAAGUGAUAAACCUCGAUGAUGAUCAGGAAGAUGAGGACAGGCAACUUGUCCUGGUGCUACAAGAGUUUGUGCGCUGUGGGCUUUUCUCACAACGGGAGGAAAGCUCUGAUGAAGAUGAAGAUGAAGAUGAUGGAGGUGAAGGAAAGAAAGAGACGCCGAAGAAGAGCAAUAUUGACCCUUAUGCUGAAGCAGCCAUGAGGGAGUACCCUCGGUUCUUUGAGUUCAUUCCCCAGAGACCACAUUACAGAGGGUUGGUCAACACCAGUGACACUAUACGAGAUCUGGCCUGUAGUGGACUGUGGUUCAUGUUGGUUGGCUUGGCUAGGGAGGUGCUCAAGACAUCCUGUGAUACAGACGCUUUGGAGUUUGCAUAUUUGAUGAGAAAAGCUCGGCAACUGGAAAGAAAUGGGUUCAACGUGAAGCAUCUCAUUGCCCGUCUGAGGGAGCCACAGGCCCGGCUUAGAAGGCUUGAGGAUUCCAGGGCAAGGCUCGAGGAUGCCCGGACCAAAGAGCAAGAACCAAAAGAUGUUAAGUCACUCUCAAGCCAUCUGAGUAAUCUGAAACACAAUGUACUAACAAUGCAGAGGCACUUGGAGGGGAAAAAGCAAGCUCGUAGUGCAUCUGUGCGUGAUCAGCCGAGCGAAGGAAUCGAUCUAGCCAGCCUGGAGAAGGAAGUAGAAGCUGCAGAAAAAUACUGUCAGGCGAUGAAGGAUGAAGUGGCUUUGAUGAGACUGAAAUACGCAGGCCUUUGA